ACUCCUCCCGUGGGGCGUUCAUCCGGAUCGAGAGCCGGCGGAAGAGCAGUGAAUCGCGGGAGGUGUAUUGUUUAUGUGCUGCUUCAGCCAUGAUUCUUGACGAUACACCCUUGUUUGAUCCCACCUUGUUGAGUGAGCUGGACUGGAGUCAGAAUAUGGUAAAAUUCUCGCCUGAAAUUUCCCCGAUCAGCCCAGGGGAUGGACUCAUUCUGAGGCCUCUCUGUACUGCAGACUUCAACAGAGGCCUUUUCAAGGUACUUGCACAGUUAACGAAAGUAGGUGAUGUUGAACCUGAAGUAUUUAUAAAAAAGUUCGAACACAUGAAGCAGACUGGAGAUUACUAUCAUGUUGUUGUUGAAGACACUCAUGUUGGACAAGUCAUUGCAACAGCAACACUAAUAAUUGAACAUAAAUUUAUUCACACCUGUGCAAAGCGAGGGAGAAUAGAAGAAGUUGUUGUUAGUGAUGAACACAGAGGAAAGCAACUUGGAAAACUGUUAGUUGCAGCCCUUACACUUCUCAGCAAGAAACUCAACUGCUACAAAAUUACUUUAGAAUGUCUACCAAAGAACAAAGCCUUCUAUCAAAAAUUCGGAUAUAAAGUUACAGAGGAACUUUACAUGCAAUGCAGAUUUUUUGACUGAAAUUUGCUGAGUGAGAUUUUUAUUUCUAGGAAGAAUUUUUUUGGGGGAACUAGUUAUAAACUUGAUUUAGUACUGGCAGGAUAUGUAGUAUAUUCUGAUACAAAUGGCAAUGGUUGCCUGUUUAGUGGUACCAAGAAUGUAGUUGAAAUUUAAUAAUGUCUUUUUCUUAAACUAAGCAGUCUUGUGGGUGAUGGAAAAACUGCAGCAUGGUUCACUUGGCAUUGUUAAACUUUAGCUCGAGGGAAUAUAAAAAGCACUAGUUUUGUGAAGGAAUUUUGUUUGACUUAGGAACUGGAGGUGGAGAUAAUUGUACCAAAGGAUUUUUGUUCAGAACAUGGAGCAGGACACUUCUAUGCAUCUAUUUCUGUCCUUUAAGAGAUUUAACUUAUAAUUUACCUGUCAUACUGCUCUGGGUUCCAGGUUUAAUUGAAAUGCAAUUAUAUAUCUCUUGGAAUCAAUUCCACUUUGUAUAAAUGCAAAAGUUACAGAAAACUUUUUGAGCGCAUUCCUGUUCAGUCCCAGGGUGUCAAUGUACUGACACUGCAUGGAUCUUGUGGGCACUUUACAAGUUGAAGUGGAGAUUUUAAGUGCUUUGUGUAGGUGUUUUCAAUGUCUUUUUUUAUAUAUUGAUGGUGAGAUUUUUUUAUAGCAUGUGGAGCCAUGCCUUCAUGGAACUCCAUGCACCGACCUGAAUGUGUAUCUGUAGCCACAAGCAGGCCACAAAGUAACUCCGGUUUACUUUGCUGCUGAUUUGAUCAAAAAAAGGUGCAGGGAACUAAAUCUAGGCAUUAAAAUUGCAGAUCAAUGUAAUUUAUCAAUCAAUCAGAUCAGAUUUUUUUAAUUCAUCUUGUAAUUAAAAUUGAUUAAUCCAAAGCACACAUUUUAUAUUGUUUACAGAAGAAUAUCUUAGUUUUUUUGUUUGAAUAUGUAAAUGCUAUAUUUGUAUGAACUUCAUUAAGGAGUAUCACCUCGUGCAGCAGGUGUUAAUUAAUUUUACCCAUAAGGGAUUUUCUUACUUCAAUGUAAUCUCAGUCUUAUCUAUGAAAUUACAGAUACAAAAACUAAUUCCUCCCAAAUGACUAAUGUAAAUCUGCUGUUUAUGGGAUUAGCAUUACAGUUCUAUGCAUCAUGGGAACUGCUUGAUGACUCUUUAUCCAUAGAGCCAGAACUAAAUUCUAUUAGCUCUAUGUUUGGCAAAAUUAAUGUUUUUAGUUGAGGUGGAUCCAUAAACCAAUUUGAUAGCCCUACUGAAUUUUUAAGCUUACAUCAGGAAAAGCUAUUUGCCCUUCUAUAACAAAAGUUGUGCAGACUUCAGUAAUGUUUUGUAAGUUAAAGCUGUUAUUUUUUCCUGUAUGUUUUAUAAAAUCAGCAUGAAAUGGAAAUGUCUAAUGUAAUCCCCAUAGUGUAUUGUUACAGAGAAAAUAUGCAAGAGUCACUUGAAAUACUGAAGUAAAAAUUGGACCUUGAAAAUGCAUAAAGUAAAUUUGGCAAUAUAAUGUAUGUAGUUUUUAGCUUGUCAAAGCACUAUAUUUCAUAGUUCCCUUAGGAAAAAUAGAUUUUAGAGCAAAAGCUGUUAUGGUGGAAAUGUACUAAGAUGAAUGAUUAUGCUUGUUAUUGUAUAUUUUCACCCACAUUGUGUUUUUGGCUAAAAUAGUUGUUAUUGUAUAUUUUCACCCACAUUGUGUUUUUGGCUAAAAUAGUUGAAGCUUUAAUUUUGUACUACUGUGUCAGAGUUAAUAGUUGUAGAAACAUGGUAAUUCUGAUGUGGGCAUGUUUUAUCUACUUUUUAGUUGGUGAAAAAAUGCUAUAAAAGUCUGCUGUAUACUGAAUAUCUCAGAUUUUAGUUUAGAUACUAUUUCACAGGACCAAGAUGGGAACAUUUUCAGCCCUCAUUUUUUCACUGGAAAUGGUAGUGAUCCUUCAAUGGAGCAAAAACAAAUCUCAGUUUCUGUUUAAAAAGCAUCUACUACGUGAAACAAGAAAAUGUGUGCUUUUUGGAAUUAUGGCUGCUUUUAAGUAAUCUGGAGAUGGUUAUUUAACUAAUUUGGAUAUUUUUUCAGUAACUUUAUUUCAUAUUAGGUUAAUACAUUUUUAUUGUAUUUAUUUAAUUGUACCAUUUUUUUGUGCAGAGGGCAAAUAAAAUAUCAAACUAUU